AUGGCAGAGGAAAAUGAGGAUGAACAGUUUGAUCCUCGCAGUUUAUUAAAUGAUAGAGAUGAUCAAAAAGUUCAUUUAUUUAUCAAAGCUGGUCGAGAUGGUCGAUCAAAAGGUGCAUGUCCAUUUUGUCAUGAUGUAUUUCUUAAAUUAUUAAUAAAAUGUGAAAUUGAAAAUGAUUUUAAUUUUGAUGUCAUAACAAUAAAUUGUAAAAAUCCACCAAAAGAAUUUAAAGAAAUAUCAAAAAAAUUACCAACACUUAUACAUGGUGAUAUUGUUUUAAAUAAUAUUGAUGAUAUUGAAGAUUAUCUUGAUUCAUCAUUUACAAAUUAUAAAUUAUCAAGUCAAGAUCCUGAAGCUUUUAAAGUUCAAUCAAAUGUUUUUACACGUUUUACUUAUUUAAUUAAAGAUGUAACAAAUAAUCCACAAUUAUUAUUAGAUGAAUUAGAAAAAAUUAAUACAUUUCUUCGACGACGAGAAACAAAAUAUAUGUGUGGAAAUGAAAUAACAGGUCUUGAUUGUUCAUUAUGGCCAAAAUUACAACAUAUUCGUGUUGCUGCUGAUUAUCUUCUUCAUUUAUCAAUUCCAAUUGAAUUUUCAUCAUUAUGGCGUUAUCUUGGUUCAGCUUAUGAACAUGACGCUUUUGUUAAAUCUUGUCCAUCAGAUCAAGAAAUUGUUCUACAUUGGAUACGUCAUGAAACAUCACCAAAAGAAUAUUUACAAUUAACAAAAGAAGAACCAAAAUAUUCUCUUGAUAUACCUCUAACAGUUUAUAAUCAUUUUCAUUAA